GAAUUACAAAAUCUCCAACCAGAGAAUUAGAAAAAUCUCGUGUCCUCAAAUCUCCAAACCCUGCGUAUUUAUAUGUACUUGCAGAGUCUCUGUCCUUCUCUCUCUCUCUCUCUCUCUCUCUCUCCACAACGGCACAACCACAACCAAUUGCCACAACACCAAAUGCUUACCUUGAAUCUCAGUUGUCCUUCUUCCCCUGUCACUUUCUCCAAAUCCCGCCAUCAACUCCCCCCUAUUAAUGCCUCCUCCUCCCCUUCCUCAUCACUUCUCACCAGAAUCCAAACGCACUCAUAUCCUCUGCCCCAAGAACCCACCUCUUUGAAACCCCAAAUAUCCUCCAAAUUCUCAAGCUUUACCAGAAUCCAUGGCUACCCAUUUGGAAUUUCUUCAAAAGAAACAAAACCCAUGUGCCAGAUUCGAGAUUUGAGCUCAAAGAUCAGCCAUUUGAGCAAAACCUGUGGAUUCCCAUCUGGGUUUGGAACAAAACCCAAAUCCCAAAUCCCCAAAGCUGCUUCUGAAUCAAAUCCAGGAGGAGAAAAGGAAGCCGCAGUAUCAAAGCCCAAGGCCACCACCGUCCGGCUCGCGCUUAUUUUUGGGCUCUGGUACUUCCAAAACAUUGUCUUCAACAUCUACAACAAGAAGGUACUGAAUGUCUUUCCAUUUCCAUGGCUUCUCGCAUCUUUUCAGCUCUUUGCUGGGUCUGUCUGGAUGUUCAUUCUCUGGUCUUUGAAGCUCCAACCCCGCCCGAAAAUUUCAAAACCUUUCAUCGUUGCACUCCUUGGACCUGCAUUGUUCCACACUGUAGGCCACAUUUCAGCAUGUGUCUCCUUCUCUAAGGUGGCUGUUUCUUUCACCCAUGUAAUCAAAUCCUCGGAGCCCGUUUUCUCAGUAGUGUUUUCGUCGUUCCUAGGAGAUUCGUACCCGUUACAGGUCUGGCUCUCAAUUCUCCCUAUUGUAAUGGGUUGUGCUCUAGCUGCUAUCACUGAGGUGUCAUUCAAUGUGCAAGGCCUUUGGGGUGCUUUGAUUAGCAAUGUCGGGUUUGUGUUGAGGAACAUUUACUCGAAACGUAGUUUACAGAACUUCAAGGAAGUAGAUGGGUUGAAUUUGUAUGGUUGGAUCAGUAUAAUUUCGUUCUUCUAUCUGUUUCCCGCCGCUAUUUUCGUUGAAGGGUCUCAAUGGGUUCAAGGAUAUCACAAUGCUCUUGCAGCUGUGGGAAAACCAUCCACAUUGUACAUAUGGGUGUUGUUAUCCGGAGUGUUUUACCAUCUCUAUAACCAAUCGUCGUAUCAAGCACUUGACGAAAUUAGUCCCUUGACCUUUUCAGUUGGAAACACCAUGAAGAGGGUGGUGGUAAUCGUAUCGACUGUGUUAGUGUUCAGAAAUCCAGUUAGACCUCUUAAUGCACUUGGCUCCGCCGUUGCAAUAUUUGGGACUUUCUUGUAUUCGCAGGCAACAGCUAAAAAGAAAAAGGGAGGUGAAAAGAAGGAUUGAAUACAAUUUACUUGGUCUAGUAAAAUUUGUGAUUUUGCUUUGGUUUAUUAUACAGCUAUCAAGUUUUAAUAAUGGCUCAGGUUUUGAUAUCAUCAUUCCUUCCCUUUGAUUUCAUACUUGCUUCCGUGUGUGUUAUUGGUGAAUGUAUGCUAGGAUUGAUGAGGCCUUUAUUCUACCUGCUUACUUGUUACCU